GCGGCAGCGGCAAGCAUGGCGGCGGUGACGCUGGGAACGGAGACGGACGGUUCGAUACUCUGCCCGGCGUCGCUCAACUCGGUGGUGGGGAUCAAGCCGACGGUGGGGUUGACCAGCCGGGCUGGGGUUAUCCCCAUCACACCACGCCAAGAUACUGUCGGGCCGAUUUGCCGCACGGUGGCUGAUGCGGUCCACGUGCUGGACGCCAUCACUGGCUAUGACGCCCUUGACUCUACUGCCACGAUGGCAGCUUCCAAGUACAUCCCUCGUGGUGGAUACAUGCAGUUCUUGAAAAAAGAUGGCCUUAGAGGGAAGAGGCUCGGCGUUCCUAAUGGCUUCUUCAACUUUCCAAAUGGGACUAUGCAACAGAUAGUCUAUGAGCAACAUCUCAACACAAUGAGGAAACAAGGAGCAAUCGUGAUUGAGAACCUUGACAUACAAAAUUUAAGUGUCCUAUUGGAUUUUGUGAGCAAUGGCCAACUGAUUGCAUUACCAGCAGAGUUCAAGUUAAGCCUCAACUCCUAUCUAUCAAGCUUAUUAUAUUCCCUAGUUCGGUCGCUUGCAGAGAUCAUAGCUUUCAACAAUGCACAUCCUGUUGAGGAAAAGAUGAAGGAAAUUGGUCAACCUGUAUUUCUAGUGGCUGAGAACACAACCGGCAUCGGUGCCUCAGAGCGAGAGGCCAUUAGUCAGUUAAACAAGUUGUCCGCCAACAGAUUGAAGAAGUUGAUGAGAGAGCAUGAGCUAGACGCCAUCGUGACACCUAACAAUGCAGCAUCUUCGGUGCUCGCCAUUGACGGUAUGCCGGCCAUCACCGUGCCGGCCGGGUAUGGCAAGCAGGGGGUGCCGUUUGGUCUCUGCUUUGGCGGGUUAAGAUGGUACGAGCCAAGGCUGAUCGAGAUGGCGUAUGCCUUCGAGCAGGUCACCAUGGUCAGGAAGCCGCCUACGUUCUUGCAAUAG